GACCUGACCCACGCCCGAUUCACACUGAGGUUCUUGCACCUUUCCUAGCCCUGAAUUCAGUCUCGAAAAUCCGUGCUGUUUCGACAGUCAGUGCCUUUCUAGUGAAGCUCUUUCUAGAUUCCACCCACAAUCGGUGUAAAACAUCCAUAGCACACAGUCUUGCGGGGUGUGAUUUCUUAAGAAGUGCGGAUCUUGCCCGAACGAGACCGUGGCGCAGCUUCCUCACCACGGCAUGAGUUUCCUGACUCGCAAUGUCAUCCAACCCAUAGCCCAAUGGUAUUCCGAGAUCAACUCGGCCACACUCACCGGAGCCAUCGAUGUCUUGGUCGUGGAACAGGCGGAUGGCUCCCUUGUGUCGAGCCCAUUCCACGUGCGAUUCGGCAAAUUGGGCGUGCUCAAGGCACGGGAGAAAAUCGUGGAUAUCGAAAUCAAUGAAGAGCCCGUGGAUAUCCACAUGAAAUUGGACGACGCCGGAGCCGCAUUUUUCGUCGAGGAUGUCAGCGAUAGCGAGGAGGAUGAGAUCCCACCCGAAUUGGCCACCAGUCCUAUUCCGGAUAGCGAUUUAUUGUAUAGCCAAGCGGUGAAGAAGUCCCCCGAGACUACGCCUCAGCCCCCGGCGAGUGGCAAGUGGAAGUUGCAGCAGCAGCAGCAGCAGCAGCAACAGCAACCUCAGGUGCAGCAGCAAAGGAAGAAACGGAAGAGGCGUGUCAAUCAUCGGCGAGGCGGAUCCAAGUCCUCGCUCCGAGACAUGGGCAUCGUAGAGCGGGAAGGGUCCAGUGAAUCCAAUUCCUCGGUCGGAAGUCGAGGCAAGAAUGACAAUGAGGGCAGCUCCGACAUCUUCCAAUUGGAGGACAACGACAAUGACGGUGAUUUGGACGACGACGACAACGAGACGCCCACGAAUUCGGUCAAGACCUCGUCAUCCACGCCCAUGCAUCAAACGAAACCCGUCAUCAAACCCUUGAGCGACAUCAAACCCAACAAGGAUCUCAAGCACGAAACGUCCACGGGUGAGCAAUCCUUCUUGGAGAGUCGAUUGGGCGGAGAAGCCAUCGAGUCCAUUCUCGAGACUCAGGAGAAAAUCGACAAGCAACAACAAUCCACACCCAAGGUCAUGAAGAGCACUCAGUACUUUAGCGAGCCAGAAAUGAUGUCGCCUGAGGGAUCUCGACCCGGCACGCCCGUGCUUUCCGACACGGAAUACGAGACCAAGCGGCAAAUCUCCGAAGAGCAGAGUUGGGAGUGGGGCAAAUUGCCCAAUACGUCCUCGCCAAGUCCGUCGAAGGGCAUGAUUCAUAAGGAGCAUUCAGACUCCAAGCUCGAUACUCGCGGCCAGAAGGGAGCUCAAGAGGAAGGGGACACUCGGCAACGUUCGUGGACCUUCUCGUUCUGGAAGUCCAAGAACGAGUCCAAACGUCAAACGGAUGGCGUGUACUUGGACGACCUCAAAGGCGAUGAUGAGGAGAUGAUGGCCAUUUACUUAGGGCGACACGCCUCUGGAUUGAACCAACCCGAGGAUGAUGUGGAGAGUGGUAAUGGACCUUCGCUUCCCAUGAGCCCGCACUCGGUAGAGGGUGCAAUUGGAGGAGGAACUGCGCGUUAUGAAAGCAGUGAUGAAGAGCAGAGGAAUCAUUUAGUCCAAAAGAAUUUGCCGGACAUUGCGUUUUCUCUGUGUGGAGGCCUGGAAGGCCCUCCCAAAGAAGGUCAGGCCCCGUUCUCGAAUUUGAUCUUCGAGCAAAGUGUGCUUUCGUUCGACGACUUUGUUAUGCGUCUUCGCAACAAACAGGACGUGUUCGCAGAUCCGAAUUUGGUGGUCAGGAUCGGGGAGCAGUACUACACGUGGCAAUCCGCUUGUCCCAUGAUCAUGUCGGCCGUGUUGUUUGGCCGCACUCUGCCCAGCGACCUCGUGGACUACAUUCGAGGCUCCUACCAAGAAAUCCGAACCAAGGAGUCCUCGCCCAAUAGCAAGAGUGCUCGCACCUCGUCUUGGUGGCCUUUUGGACGGCGAAUGCCCAAUGAUGAAGGCACGGGUGAAUCUCUGGCCGAGAAAAUUGCCGCCUCGAUGGAGAGCACGGAUGCCCGUUCGGAAGUAACUCCCACCAUCACCGAAGAACGAGGAGAGGAGAGCGAGAAGCCCGACGUGGGCAUCGAAAUCACCCCAGCCGUGGACCUGGUGGCCAAGGAUAUGCCAGGCAUGAAGAUCACCAUCCCAGAAGAUCCAUUGCCCGAAGGAGAGCGCUCCCUGAGAGGAUCCUCCGCUGAGAAAAGUGAUACCGAAUUGUCGGGCAGAAAAUACAAGAAGACUCUUCGUCUCUCUUCCGAGGCCUUGUUGAAGCUGAACCUGCGCCCAGGUGCGAAUGAGGCCUCAUUUAGCGUGACCACGGCCUAUCAAGGCACAUCACGUUGCAAAUGUCAUAUCUACAAAUGGAAAUAUACGGAUAAGAUCGUCAUCAGCGACAUCGAUGGCACCAUCACCAAAUCCGAUGUUCUCGGUCACGUUUUGCCCAUCAUUGGCCGCGAUUGGGCUCAAAAUGGGGUGGCCUCUCUGUUCUCCAAGAUUGCCGAUAACGGAUACCACAUUGUGUACCUCUCGGCUCGAGCCAUUGGCCAAGCCACCAUCACGAAAGAUUACUUGGCCUCCAUUCGACAGGGCAAUAUCGACCUGCCGGAUGGGCCGAUGUUCCUCAACCCGACCUCAUUAGUCAACGCCUUUCACCGUGAAGUGAUUGAGCGCAAACCCGAGAAGUUCAAGAUCGCCUGUCUCCGCGAUAUACAGAAGCUCUUCCCGGAGAAUCGAAACCCCUUCUAUGCCGGGUACGGUAAUCGAAUCAACGACGUGUUUGCUUAUCGAACCGUGGGCAUUCCCAUCUCGAGAAUCUUCACCAUCAACACGCGGGGCGAGCUCAGACACGAACUGAGCCAAACCUUCCAAGCCUCAUAUGUGUCUCAUUGCGACGAGGUCGACCACUACUAUCCCACAAUGAAACGAAUCCAAAGUCUUCUGGCCAAAAAGGUCAAACGGAGCCAUAAGAGGAUUGACGAAUUCCUCCAAGUUCCACCUUGCACCCCCAUUUCUACCUCUUCAAUCGCCUCCGGUGAUCUCAACGACCAAUCCGCGACCGUCAUCUGCUUCAGCCGAAAGUACUCUUCCUUUGAUGACACGUGGUCGCGACCUUAUGAACGAGAUCUCAAUCCACCCAACGACGUUCUUGACUCGGCCGGAGAGACUUGUAUUUUUGACUUUGACCGAAGCGACUCUGACACGGGCGACCAGCUUGAGGAGAAGGAGGAGGCGGAGAACGAGGACGUUGAAGACGACCUUUUGGAUCGAUUCGACUCCGUAUCCCCUGACGUGAAUGGUAACGGAGGCGAGGACUCUGAAUCCGUUUACGCAGACGCUUUCAGCCGAGAAGCCUCGUCAGUACGACUGUCAGAGCUCGAUAGUUGAUCACAUCUUUCCCCCGGUUCGAACCUUUGCCGUGGGUGGAAAAGAUAGCCCUGAUACUCAGACGGAAUUUUCGUCCUUUGUCUAUUGGCGAGAACCGAUGGCCGACAUCAGUGCCAUUCAUGUGGAUCUACUGGUCCUCUCCAAUGAGCCA